UCUCUCCUGCAAUUAGAUCUCAUUUCAGUUUGAUGGACGACACAAUGAAGUGAGGAAAUGCCCGCUAAUUUCAGCUGCACGUGGAAACAUAUUUAAGGGUCUCUUCACCAUAAAAAAGGGCUCAGGAAACUCUUCAUCUGGUUUUCGAAUGAACUAUAUACCCAACAACAAGAGAUUGGUCGUGAAGCCGUCGGCGACAAGUGUUUUAUUUUCCUCCUUCGUUUCUCCAAUGUGGCCAAUCCAGUUGAGGUAUAAAAGACAGCGAUCAGUUGGUUGUUUUGCCCAGUCUGUCGACACGCACCACCCAACAAUAUGUUUUGUCUUCGGUAUUUUCUGAUUUUGGCGAUCCUGUUCCAGAGCGCAGUCGCCGCGCCGACGAAUUUCUUGCAGCCGUUUGAAAGCUUUUUCAAUCAGCAGAAGGUUCAAAGUGGCAGCGAAACAGAAUUGAAAGCUCGCAGCAUCGACACCAACGGCGGCUUCACAAAGGAGCGCAAUUUCUUCGAAGAUUUCAAAAUCCCCGAUGAUUUUGGAAAAAAUUUCCCGCAGUACACGGAACUCACCAAAAGUGAAACGGAAUCUGGCCAAACAUCUCAGACUGCCAGAGUUCCUCAGAAAAACGAAUAUUACAGCUAUUCUUUCAGUACGCCGGUAGAAGACGUCUCGGGAGAUGACGUCAUUGCGGUAGUCAACGUGAAACAUUCGCCAAAAGUGUAUUUUUAUCAGGUUGCAGAAGCUGGCCCGCGCCAUCUGAAGGUAAUGUAUUUCACCGGAUUCCCGAACCGACAACGCGUGAGGAGCAACUCGAACUAAUUAAAAUAACCAAUUGCUUCACUUUUUUAUGUUAUUUCUUGUUAUUGUACGUGAACCAAGAUGUUGACAUUCUUGGUCCUUUUUCCGCACAUCUGUUCCUCAUCAUUCCAACCCCCUCUCGAAGCCAUAUUUGUUGAAUACAUUUUACUGUCCGUCUCAAAAAAAAAAAAAAAAAAAAAAAAAAGAUAACGUGUCGGGGUCCAUUCGUAGUUGAAACUCUGUUACACAACAGCUCAAAUGUCUGGCAGUAAGGUAAACAUCGUGUUAUCUCUGCAGUUUGCGAUAACAGAUAUUGAUGCAACAGUUCACUCGUGACUGGGAAACAAAAAAUUGAGAACCUUGUGACUAGUAGACAGUCGGCCAUACUUGGCAACAGUUGGGCUGCAUUUAUUUUAAUUUUUAAAAAAGAAAGUCUUCAAAAGUACGCAAAAGAAAAACGUGAA